AGCGGAGGAGGCGGGGCUGAGGCCGAGGCGGAAGUCGUGGGCGGGAGGCCCCGCCUGGUGGCCAGAGGUGUCUGCCGCCACUUUCCGGCCAGCUGUACGGUCUUCUCGGGGUUUGUCUUCGUGUCUUCAGUUAACGUCUCUUCCUGUUCCUCUCAGCUGUCACGGUCUCCCCAGCCCUGGUGCCGGUUAUUCUGCAGAGCUUGGGUACCCGAGACCUGAAGACCCUCCCCGGCGCCGAUGGAACAGCACCUCGCGCCCAGCUCAGCCUCGAGGAACGCUGGGGACGCAGAGUCCCGCGCAGAGGUCGUGGAAGAGGUGACAUCAUGCUCCUUCAACAGCCCUCUGUUCCAGCAGGAAGACAGGAGGGGGAUUACCUACCGGAUCCCAGCCCUGCUGUAUGUGCCCCCCACCUGCACCUUCCUGGCCUUUGCAGAAAAGCGUUCCUCAAGCAGGGAUGAGCAUGCUCUCCACCUGGUGCUGAGGCGAGGGUUGAGGACUGGACGCUCGGUACAGUGGGGACCCAUGAAGUCACUGAUGGAAGCUACGUUACCUGGGCAUCGGACCAUGAACCCCUGUCCUGUGUGGGAGCAGAAGAGUGGCUGUGUGUACCUGUUCUUCAUCUGUGUCCAGAACCAUGUCACUGAGUGUCACCAGAUUCUGACAGGCAGGAAUGCUGCCCGCCUCUGCUUCAUUUGCAGCCAGGAUGCUGGGUGCUCAUGGAGUGAAGUGAGAGACUUGACUGAGGAGGUCAUUGGUCCAGAGAUAAAGCACUGGGCCACAUUUGCGGUGGGCCCUGGUCAUGGCAUCCAGCUGCAGUCAGGGAGGCUGAUCAUCCCUGCGUAUGCCUACUCCUUCUCUCACCGGCUCUUUUGCUUCCCGCUGGCGUGCAGAGUCAGACCUCAUUCCCUGAUGAUCUACAGUGAUGACUUAGGGGUCACGUGGCACCAUGGAAGGUUCAUUCAGCCCCUGGUCACAGUGGAGUGCCAAGUGGCAGAGGUGACCAAGACAGCUGGUCACUCUGUGCUGUACUGUAGUGCCCGGACAACAAACAGGCACCGGGCAGAGGCGCUCAGCAGUGAUUGUGGUGAAUACUUCGAGGUACAGGCCCUGAGCCAACAGCUUUGUGAGCCCCCACGUGGUUGCCAAGGCAGUGUAGUGAGUUUCCGGCCCCUGGUGAUCCCACAUAGAAGUCAGAACUUUAGUGACAAAAAUGUCCCCUCCAUUCAGGAGAGCCCUCUCCUGGACAAUUCAUUGAAACUGGCGGAAGGGGCUGGAACACCAUCAGAAACAUGGCUCUUGUACUCACACCCAGUCAGUAAGAAACAGAGAGUUGACCUGGGCAUCUACCUCAGUCAGAACCCCCUGGAGACUACCUGUUGGUCUCCCCCCUGGGUCUUACACCAUGGGCCUUCUGGCUACUCUGAUCUGGCUGCUCUGGGGGAAGAGGGCUUGUUUGCGUGUUUGUUUGAGUGUGGGACCAAGGAGGAGUGUGAGCAAAUUGCCUUCCGCCUGUUUACAGACCAAGAGAUUCUGAGCUGUGUGAAGGAGGACUGACUAGCCUUUGUAUGAACCUGAGCCAACUCAAGACUAAAUAAUUGGCUGAGGGACCCAACUUUCCGUAGAAGGGACAGCAGAGGUUACUGAUGUCUAUAGAAAAUGCAAAAUUUAAUGUUUUGCUUCAUAACAUUUUUCACUUCAAAGAACAAAAUGAAAAUUUUGCUAUAGCUGUUGAAUAUGAAGAUCACUAAACUGGAAGUUGUAAAACCAAGGUGUCACCCUGGGUCUGCCAUUGGCCUGCUUUCGGACCUUGGACAUACCACAGGAACUUUCUGGGUCUCAGUCUCCAUCUGUAGAAUGAGAGGAGUGGUUCUGUGAUUUCUUGUCUUCCCGUUACCAUGAGAGGCAGAGGGUCUGCAUGCUUCAUGCUGAAGAAGCCCUGCUGCAGAAAGUACUCCUAUUGUCAAGUGGAAAUCAGAGGAUUUCUCUUUUCAAAUGGCUCCUCACCUAGAUAUGAAGUUACAUAUAGGCGUCAAGGCAAGAGCCGGAUGGUUUGUUCAUUUUUUUUUUUUUUUCUGGUACCAGGAAUCGAACUCAUGACCUCACACUUGCCAGGCAGGCGCUGUGCCACUGAGCUAAAUCCCCAGCCCAGUUUGUUCAUUUUUAAUAACAAAACCAUCCUUUCCCUCCUAAUCCUGCACUGAGCUCUGCAGGCUUUCUGUCCAAGAGAAAUUGAACAAGACAGCAGUGUCGUGAAGUCAUUUACCUUCUCCAGCUUUGCAGUUCUGCUCAGCCUUCCCUCUUCAUCCAGAAAACAACAUUUCCUACGGAGAAAAAUGAGGAACUCAAUGCCAGCAGCGCUUGACAAUGGUGAUUAUUGCUUCUGAUGCCAGUACCUCUGAAAGAUGAGCCUAAAAUUCAUUUAACCAUUAAAGAUGGUCUCUGGUGGGAAAAAAGACAUAGGUUAAAGCUUUAAAACGUUGGAUAAGCUGGGCGUGGUAGGGUUUGCCUAUAAUCUAGCAACUUGAGAGGCUGAGGAAGGAGGAUCUCUGGAGUCUAGGAAGUCAAGGCCAGCCUGGGAAAUAUAAAUGAGACCCUAUCUUUAAGACAGAUCUACCAAAAAAAAAGGACAAAACUCUCAUGGUAUCUGCCCCUAGGAACUCAUAGUUAUGGAGCAAGGGGAGGGAUAAAAUUUGAGGGGAAAUGCUGCUGGUGGAUACUUUAUAGAUGUAGGGCUGUAAGGUGGGCUGAUAGUAGCUCCUGAUAUCAUUGCUUUAGCAUUUUAGUGCACAUGCAGUCAUCUGUCGAAGCUGCUUGGUUUCCGCCAAGUUUGUUUCACUCAGAAUGUUGGUAUAGCCCAGCUAUUCCUUUACCCAUGAGGUUGGUCUUCACCAUUAGGAAGGUCUUUGGACUGCCAGACCUCUGAAUUGGGGCCAUAUGUCUGGAUGUACUGGAAUCACAUGUACUACAUAUGAAGUAAGGACACCUCUCCAUCUGGUAGCUUUGAGGCCGAACUUAGCCAGUGCUGGGGACACAGGAUGGCAGGUUGCUAUUGUAACAGGAAUUCUAACAUGAGAAAUUUAUUUUGUUGCUAUUGUUACCCUGUUUUAGGAAGAUGAUGCCUUAAAUUGGUAUCAGCUAGGCAUAUUUAGUACUGGAUAAGACUGUGGAGAGUAAGCUUUGCCAUGGAAUGUAGCUCAAGGCUACGGUUGCAGUUACACCAGUCACAUGGUCCUGUAGAAUGAAAAUAGAGAUUAACUUUGUCUACUUCAACAUAUUGUUUAAGAGCCUGGCUUAGAGUGGCUUAAAAAAAUUCCUUUAGCCUCUGAUACUUCUGCUAGAGUAACUUUCCUAAACAAAGUUACGGUCAUUCAUUCACUCAUGUACACCUCUGUCUCACUAUUUCUUGAGUGGCUGUGCAUAAUGCAGGGUACAUUCUGCUGCUCUUUGUGGAUUCAAAAUUGUGGCUCACCAUUGCUCAUUAGAGUAUGUUUCUAUUUGGCCUGACAUACAGGACCAUCUAGUUUUUGGGUAAAAGAAUGCAUAAAUCCUUAUAUGAAGCCCAGUGUCAUAGAAGACUUCUGUCAAAUUAGCGAGUGAGGCAUGGCAGGGGUCUGGGAGUGGGCUGGGUUGGUGGUACACGGAAGGAUUGGGGAAGAAGAGGAUUAAAAGGGUAUCCCUCUCCUCAGAGGUAGAAACUCCAUGGUCAGCAAAACUUUCCUGCGCACCAUACCCUUAACUAGACAGGAAUGGGAAGUUGGCUGAGGUUAUAAUCAGGGAUAAAGGAUGAAAAGAUGAGACUAUCAAGACAUCUUUAGGAUUAUCCAAGAAGAUACUUGAAGUAUCUGGAUGUUCUGGAAUCACAUGUACUACAUACGAAGUAAGGACGCCUCUCCAUCUGGUAGCUUUGAGGCAGAACUUAGCCAGUGCUGGGGACACAGGAUGGCAGGUUGCUAACCAAGGGCUGUAAGCCUUGGUUACAUACAUGUGUGAGCCAGAGAUGUGUAAUACAGAAUUUGUAGAUGACCCAUCUCUAUGUUGCCCUCUCUUACUCCUUCCCUCUUGCCUCAUGUUUGUUUUUCUGUAACUAGCAGUGGAACUCUUAACUGAGAAAGAGCCUAUGUGCUUAUUUCAGGAACCACACACACACAAAAAGAGUUGGGACAUAGGAAAUCCAGACUCAACUAGAGACAAGAGCAAGAGCGGGUAAUGGCAGCUGUGAUGAAAAACAGAGCAGAUUUGAGUCCUGGAACCUUUAGGAAGACAGACAUGAGGCCAAGGCUAGAGGGUGCUGGGUGGUAGCUGCUGUGAAGAAGAAAUGGCAACAGGUUGGAGCUGUUCCUGAAACCCAUGGGAAGGGAGAGAGACCUCCAUAGGCUUGCAGCCUGGCCUGCAGAGGAGGUCCCUCCCAACCCUGUACCUUUAAGCUGACUCAACCUGUCCACAUUCCAAGCUUCCAGCAAUGAGAGGUGUAGGCACUGCAGCUCUGUGCCAGUCAUCUAAUGCCUGCAUUGCCUUGGGACCAAUCUCAUGCUGUUAGUACCCUCACUGAGUCCAUUUUAACCAUCCUCGGGUUGAUAGUGUGGAAAAGUUAGGGACACUGUGAAGAAUAAGAGAAAGAGAAAAACAAGAAAUAAAGAGAAAGCAAAAAGGAGACCUUUAUCUUUAGGUAUGAAUGGAAGACCACAUAGGCUAUAGUCCUUUGUUCUCAGAAGUCCCCUACCCUGUCUUCUUGACUCAGAAUGGAUCCAUUCAGCACAUAAAGCCUACCACCGGGAGAAUAGUGCAGCAAGGGGGAGUGACCCACCCGCUCAAACUGCAGAUCACUGGGCUUCCCCAGUGAUAAAAACUAGCUUUUUAGAGCUAGUUAAGGAGGCAUGGAGAAGAUUUUGCAUCCCCUGGCAUAGGUAAGAGAUUUUUCAUUCUUGUCUGUUGAGUAGGUCAGCUUGAGGUUGUAGGAUGUGAUACCUCUGCUUUGGCCAGAUCCAGCUGCUUACUCUUUACAGUAGGGUGUAAGUUUUCCCCACUGCGUGAUUCAAAGAUACAUGUCAUCCACCUCUGUACUGCCUAAGCCUUGAUCCUUUACAUAGGCUAUGUACCGUUAUCAGUGCUGUGCCCUGUUAGGCCUCUGUUAAGCUCACACUCCUUGAGGGUCACAUCUCACUGACUUCUCUGCUUUUUACCUUGAAUCAAUGAUUUAUCUAUAAAUAAAUGUUUUUUCUGUCGCAUGUUGAAUUAUUGAAGGUAAGGAUUGUCUGAUUCCUCUCUUUAGCCAGUACAGAGCCUAGAAGAGUAGAGAUCAAGAAAGAUGAUGAAUGGGUGAGUCAAGAACUCUUGGCUUUUUAGAGCUAGUUAAGGAGGCAUGGAGAAGAUUUUGCAUCCCCUGAUGCUUUUUACAGCAUUUGUGCUAAGUAUUCUUUGUGCUGGCCUGGUUAGUCACACUACUUUUUGGAAAUGGGGUUUUCUGUGGUCCUGCCUGGGUAGCCUAAGACCCAAAGCCUGAGCCUAAAGCCAAACUGUGAUAUGGAGUUCUUACUUCACUUGUAUUUCCCCUCUGUCCCCAGUGGGAUUAACUAUAACUGCCACUUCAGGGCUCCAAGGUGCCAAGACUCAGCAUGGUCUGAGUGUGUCUCAGCUCUGUGAUGCAAACUACAAGAAAUACUCCGUGCACUGUAAAGACUACUUUCACUCUUAGAAACAAGAAUGAUGAAUAAAGAGCUUAAUUCUGCUGA